CACGCUGUGCUGGACCUGCUGGUGGCAAGUGAACUUUAGUGAAGUGACUGCCUACGGUUCAAAAUGAUGUUCAAAAUGCGUUUCGUUUUGGUCGUUCUUGUGACUUUACUGUUGCUUACCAUCGGCUUUUUUUUGACGUUUGUCGCAGAAGAUAAAUCAGGAAGAAAUGGACAAUAUUUUGGGAUGAAAUUAGGAGUUCAGAGUGUCAAUACAGCGCUGCAGUCUAUUAUGGCUGAAGUCAAGGAUAUAAAGAACGAUGUAUAUAAGCUACAAGCACAAAAGCCACUAGAUUUACCACAAUGGAUCGAGCGUUUCCAAACUCCGCAAUGGACGGACUUCAAACCAUGGCGUGGAGUGCAGGUAUUUUUUGUAUCAUAUCGUUAUGCCUAUCUUAAAAAGUGUGUCGAGUCCAUCCGUGUGGCUUCGGCGGAUAUCGACAAAUCAUCGGUAUGUUUGUUUGUACUCCAUCGCACACCAAAGACCACCGCGAGAGACGUGAACCAAACGUUGGAGGUAAUUCGAAACGUGACUUUCUGCAAAGUCUUCGUGUGGAAAGUUAAAGAGGACAAUAAAGAGAAAAACUACGCUUUGAGAUUAAAACGUCAUUGGUGGUUUGUUCUGGAGUCUGUCUUUGACGCAACUCUCACUGGAAGCUCGUUUAACGGCUGGUUGCUUGGGUACAAGCACGAUAUCUUGUUCCUCGAAGAGGACACUGUCCUAUCACCAGACUUCGUAAAGGUUAUGUGGUAUGCAAGCGAGGUGAAGCGACGUAAUGCUGACAUCAUACAGUUCGCGCUUGGCGGAUGGUCUGGAGAGAACAUGAUCAAUGCACAUCCGGACACGUUUAUCGUGCGCACCGCGCGAAGUAUGCGUGGGAUCGCGUACGGUAUCAACCAAUCGACGUGGUUGUACUUUAAAACCCUCGAGAAAGAUUUUAAAUCCGAUAAUCAAGCCGAUUGGUGCGAAUCGAUGGGCUGGGUUCUGGGAAAACACAACGAUAAAAAAGGGUUUAGGAUUAUCGUUCCAACGUUGAGUCGUUUUUGGCAUAUAGGUGUACACGGUCUGGGGCCGGGAGGUGAUUUUAACUGGCAACGAGGCAUCACAGCACAACCUAACUGGGCGUAUGCAAGCAGGUUACUUGAACCAAAACAUGCUCAAGUUAAUCUUGGCCUCAGAGAUCUCCUAGGCUUUCUUUGUCAGUACAGGAUUGAUUUUUUAGAUCUUAAAGAUACGGAGUGUCUCAACAGCUUCAGAAGAUGGAAAGGAAAGGAUAGAAACAGAAUAAGGUGUGCGAAACAGCCAUAUGUUCAUGAUCCGUGCGAUGUUUUUGUACCAAGUUGAACUGAAUAUUUUAAAUAAAGCAACUUCGGAUCUUUGAAACUAGAUUUUAGUCAUAUUUGAGAAUCUAGUUUAGUAAUACAGGAAGUUUGUGAAAUGGUUAACACUGAUAUGACACUUGAAACUACUUGUAUACGUUUUAACCAAAGGAAAUUUAAACUUUAAAAUGACAACCACAAGGGUGGGAGGAUAUAAUUUUUUUGAAAUGAGUAAAUAACACGUUUCUG